GUAACAUAUGUUAAUAAUUACACGUUAGAUGAAAAGCGAGAUGUCAAAACAUCUAUUGCAAGGUGAUUGGUUGGGAGGCAGAGACGUCAUCAGUGAUUUAAAAUUUUAAAUCAGCUACUUUGUGGACGUCGAAGGUGCUUUAGAGUUUGAAUUGACCAGGGAAUAAUGCAGGACAUAGGAGAGCGUCUGAAGCAGCUGGUGAGAAUUUUUAGGCGAGAGAGUCACCACUUGCUAGAUUCUGAGAGAACGACUGUAUACGGGGCUGACGCCAUGCUGACGGUGCUGCAGCUGGUCAUGGCCCAAGUCAAUAAGCAGCAAGGCGGCGAGUUCCGAGCGGCCCUGAGCGACGUCCUGCUGGCAUGGAAGCGCUUGCUGGUGGACAAACUUGGCCUCCGGCCCCUGGACGACGAGGUUGCGCCAGGGCAGGGACGUGACGUCAUCCUGGAAGCGUACGAGGCCUUCCUGAAACGCUCCAACGCUGUGGAUCUGGUCCACGUCCUCACCAUGUGCCGGCAGCUCAGAGACCAUUCGGACCUCCCCGGGGAUCUUGUCAACCCUGUCGAGCUAUAUGAGUUCCUAGCAGACAGCACGGAAGUGUCGGCCGCCCCGUCAACACCACCCGCUAAAUCCAGAGCGUGCAACUGGCAGGUCAAAUCUGCGGUGAGAAGCGUCUUCUGCUCCUACCUGAGCUUGCUGGUCAACGCCAAGGACGACCUGGCAUUGGCGCGGACUCUGGACGUCCCCAGCCGGGCGCUCGGACGCCAGACGUUUACCGACGUGAGACAUGCGGCAGGCCGGACUGGCAUGUCACUGUUUUUGGCGGUGACGUCGUUCGUGAGGGCCAUUCAGCUGGGCGGGAAGGGUUAUGCGCCGGCACCUUCGGACCCGCUGAGGAAGCACAUCAAGGGCCUUUCCGCCUACGUCCGCUUCCUAGACAACCUGGAGGACAUCCUCGGGGAGACGGCGGACCCCAGCGUGUGCGGCUCCAAGUUGGUGCGUGCCAUCCGGGGGGCUCUGGUGAAGGCUUAUGACUCCGGAGACGUCUGCGCCGCCGCACAGGAGAUAGCAAAGCAGCUGGAGGAGGAAAUCUGCAAACUGCACCGAGUCCAGAAAGACAGCGCUCACGCAGCUGGGACUGGGAUCAGCCCCGCCAGGCCGAAGGCGCACGCGGUGAAUCGCGCAACGGCGUACGCCGGCCGAGAAUCAGUGAAGGUGCUGCUCGCUCUGCUGGACGAAGAAGCCGCGGCGCAGCCGUGCGCUAACAAGGCCGACCUGCUGUCCGAGGACCGGCCCGGACUCGACGGGAGCCGGGGCACCUCCGUUGUCACCUUGUUCAGAUCUCCGGAAGUGUCCAAGGGAUCUUCUCCAGAGCCCCUGAAGAAGCGAGCCCAGAGCCGCCCAGACCCGCUCAAGCCCAAGACAGGACCGCGAGCCAUCCGAUCCCAGUUUGCCUGCACCUACCGGAAGGAGGAAGAACCGCCCCUCAACCGCGUUCUGCACUUCCCGAGCUCGAGCCAAGCGCCCACCUGCGUGCAUCCGGCACCCAAAGCCAAAAGCGGCGCCGCGCCCGUAGCCGAACCUUCCGAGGUCCCGCUUCCGGGCAGGGGCGACGCCAACCCGCUCCGAGCUCCGAAGAAGACGGCAAAGAAGAGGAAGCGGGCAGAUGCGGCAAGUGACAACGAGCCUCCGGAGAAGAAGAAGCAGACGGCGAAAUCGAGAGUAAAAAGCAGCACCGCCAAAAGGAAGAAAAUGAUCGCCGGACAGACGACCCUGACCGGCUUCUUCAGAGUCUGACCGGGCUCCUUCUUCAGGAUUUUGUUUGCGCAACUUGUGGCAAAACGUCACCUUGGGCAAGACUUGCUUUGACGCUCAAGCCGUCGCGCGCGAAAGGUCAAGAGGCAUUUGUAGGGGGGGCUUCAGGUUGGCGCCUAAUCUGUAAAAUUCAGGGCCGAAAAUCUCCACUUGAGGCGUGUGAAGAUUAUCCACGUUUUGACUGCAAAAAAAGGAGCACUUACCCCCCCCCCCCCCCCCCCCCCCCAUUUUUUGUGGUGGAAGCAGGAUCUCAAAUGAGCCUUAUUUUGAAAAUCAGAGCCGAGGCCAUUUUGGGUGCUUUCGUGUGUGUGUGGGGGGUGUGGGGGGCAAAGUCAAUCCGGAGAGCCUCGUCUUAAAAGGAUGACGCCACACUGUCAAGAUGUCGCAGAGUUCAUUUUCAAUAAAGUUUUAUUUGCUUUUA